CCCGCCCGGAGCCGCGGGGCCAGUGCGCGGAGGAGCAGGAGCUCGGAGCCCAGUCGCGCCGGCACCGCGCGCGGCCGCUGCCCAAGUUCGCCCCGGGGCCCGAGGAGGGCCGGGCAGGCAGGAAAGCGGGGCAGCCGGCGCCGCCUCCACCGGGGGCUUGGAGUCUCGAGAGGAGAAGGGCUCGAGGAGCAGCGAGUUGGGGUCACCCCCGGGAGGUGUAAGCGGGCGCUCCGCAGUCCCUGGCACCUGGUGCCGCCGGGGCAGGGAGGAGAAGAGGCAGCGGACAGCGAGACCCCGCGUUGGAAGACUCGAGGCACCCCGGAAAGCAGACUAAAGAAACGACGCGUCCAUCUGGCCAGUCUCUUCGACGGGGGCCCAGCAGCCGCCGGCAGCUCCAACAGGACGCCCCAAGAGCCCCCGGCCCCAGGCGGGAGGGGGCGCAGGCCACGCAGGGCUCGGGAGCGGGGCUUGCGGGAAUCUCAGCCAGCCUCCGCGGAGCGCAGCCGGAGAAGCAGUGAGGAGGGUUCGGGAGGGAAGAAGGGAAAGAGGGCAGCAGCCUACUGAGCGACCACUCACCCCAGUACACACCCACCCCACCCGCCGAGCCCCGGGCCGCGGGAGCCUCUGGGGGCGCUCAUUCCCAGGCGACUUCUCUUCCGUGUCCCAGCCCCGCUGGGCUACGGACCAGGCUGGCGGGGUCCUUCGGAAUGUCCAAACCGGGCAUGGUGGCCGAGGGGCGGCUCUCCCGGGACCAGCGUCCAAGCUGGGGUUAGGCGAAGAGGGGGGGGCUCAGGUCAGGGUCCCCCGAGAGACAGGACGCAGGGAGGCGGGCGCAGCGCCCGGGGACUGGAGAGGCGGCGCCCGGCGGGGACCCGGGCAGAGGUGGUGCCUGGCGUCGGGCUUCCUUCGGGAAGACAGGGGCCAGGGAGUGUAGGGGGCACUUGGGAGAGGCCAGCGCCAGGGGCAGCGGGCCGCGGCGGCGCUCGGUCCCGGGCGGGCGGGCGGGCGCCCGCGGAGGCGGCAGCGGCGGCGCCGGGCGGGCAUGCCGCGCCAGCGGAGCUCCUCUCGGGCGCACGCUUCCCUGGCGCGGGCUGCGCGCGGCGGCUGCUGCUGCUGCUGCUCCCACUGCUGCUGCGGACUCCCAUGGCGGCUCCGCCCGGCCGAGACCGCCGCUGCCGCCAGCCAAGGACUGAAUGAAUGAGCCGGAGCGGUGGAGCCGGGCUGCCCCCGGCCGCGCUCGCCGGCCCGGGACGCUUCCGCAUGGCCCGCGAGGAGCCGGCGGCGGCGGCGGUGGCGGCGGCCGGGCAGCCCGGGAGCGGCAGGGGCGGCGCGCGCGAGCGGGCGCUGCAGGGGCCGGGGGUCGCCCGCAGGGGGCGGCCGUCGCUGAGCCGCGCUAAGCUGCACGGGCUGCGGCACAUGUGCGCGGGGCGCGCGGCGGCGGGGGGCUCCUUCCAGCGGCGGGCGCUGUGGGUGCUGGCCUUCUGCACGUCCCUUGGUUUGCUGCUGUCCUGGUCCUCGAACCGCCUGCUCUACUGGCUCAGCUUCCCGUCGCACACGCGGGUGCACCGCGAGUGGAGCCGCCAGCUGCCCUUCCCCGCCGUCACCGUGUGCAACAACAACCCGCUGCGCUUCCCGCGACUCUCCAAGGGGGACCUCUACUACGCCGGCCACUGGCUGGGGCUGCUGCUGCCCAACCGCACGGCGCGCCCGCUGGUGAGCGAGCUGCUGAGGGGCGACGAGCCGCGCCGCCAGUGGUUCCGCAAGCUGGCCGACUUCCGCCUCUUCCUGCCGCCGCGCCACUUCGAGGGCAUCAGCGCCGCCUUCAUGGACCGCUUAGGCCACCAGCUGGAGGACAUGCUGCUCUCCUGCAAGUACCGGGGCGAGCUCUGCGGCCCGCACAACUUCUCCUCCGUGUUUACAAAAUAUGGGAAGUGUUACAUGUUUAACUCAGGCGAGGAUGGCAAACCUCUGCUCACCACGGUCAAGGGGGGGACAGGCAACGGGCUGGAGAUCAUGCUGGACAUUCAGCAGGAUGAGUACCUGCCCAUCUGGGGAGAGACAGAGGAAACGACGUUUGAAGCAGGAGUGAAAGUUCAGAUCCACAGUCAGUCUGAGCCACCUUUCAUCCAAGAGCUGGGUUUUGGGGUGGCACCAGGGUUCCAGACGUUCGUGGCCACACAGGAGCAAAGGCUCACAUACCUGCCGCCUCCGUGGGGUGAGUGCCGAUCCUCAGAGAUGGGACUCGACUUCUUUCCUGUUUACAGCAUCACCGCCUGUAGGAUCGACUGUGAGACCCGCUACAUCGUGGAAAAUUGCAACUGCCGCAUGGUACACAUGCCAGGGGACGCGCCUUUCUGUACCCCCGAGCAGCACAAGGAGUGUGCAGAGCCUGCGCUGGGUCUGCUGGCGGAAAAGGACAGCAGUUACUGUCUCUGCAGGACACCCUGCAACCUGACCCGCUACAACAAGGAGCUCUCCAUGGUGAAGAUCCCCAGCAAGACGUCCGCCAAGUACCUCGAGAAGAAGUUUAACAAAUCAGAAAAAUAUAUCUCAGAGAACAUCCUCGUUCUGGAUAUAUUUUUUGAAGCUCUCAAUUACGAGACAAUUGAACAAAAGAAGGCGUAUGAAGUUGCUGCCUUACUUGGUGACAUUGGUGGCCAGAUGGGGUUGUUCAUUGGUGCUAGUAUCCUCACAAUACUAGAGCUCUUUGAUUACAUUUAUGAGCUGAUCAAAGAGAAGCUAUUAGACCUGCUGGGCAAAGAAGAGGACGAAGGGAGCCAUGACGAGAACGUGAGCACCUGUGAGACGAUGCCAAACCACUCCGAAACCAUCAGCCACACUGUGACUGUGCCCCUGCAGACAGCCCUGGGGACCUUGGAGGAGAUCGCCUGCUGACAGCCCCCGGAGCGCCCGGCAGCCCCAAGCAGACCCCGAGGCCCAAGAUCCGGGACAGGGGACAGCAGGCUCAGGCGGGACGGCCCCUGAUGACGGAAGCAGCAAGAGCCCCUAUGCACACAUAGCAAACUCUCUGCCAAAACCUCGCCGCGGCCACGUGGGACUCGACCCGUCCUCGGUCCCUGCCGUGCGUCCCUCUUAGGAGACAUGAGACACAUUCUGGAACAGUCCAAGGACCAACCUGCCAUCACAUCUCACUGCCAGAUGUAGAAAGCACCUGCAUGCUCAGACUUCUCACGGCGCCGCCUCCACGUCUGUCUGUGUGUACGAGACACUCCUCCGUGCGGUUCCCACGCGGUGGGAACGGGUUCCAGCCCCCGGCCAUCACGAGGCCACAGCUGGAAUCGCAGCUGCACAACCGAGGGAAACCGCAGAACUGUCGGCUACGUCCGGUCCUUGUGUGGUUCGUGAAAGGUCCUUAACUUGCCCACAGUCCCCUUCCCGCCCCAUCCGACCCCCUUACCUCCGGGGAACCGGGCCGAGCCCCUCCCACCCCAGCGCCUGUGACGGAGGCCUGUGGCCUGGUGACUCCAGCCCGUGUCCGUGGCCCCCACGCGUUCUGCCCUCCCUGUGACAUGGCUUGUACAGUCCGGUUCUGUCUUUGGGGGGUUUACUGUCUGUCGGAGGUCCGUUUGGUUUUGUUUUCUGACCUUUGGGUUUGCUGUUCGGAGUUUGGUUUGGUUUUCCCAUUUUCUCUGGCGUUUAUUUAUUCGUGCUUCCCGGUCACGGUCAUAUUAAAAGCUGGUCUUGUGGAA